AUGGCUGAGGUGUACAGGCAUGCUGCAGCGGUUUUACAGCUGAUGGACAGCCAGAGAAUCGGACUGAGAGAUGCUCUUUACGGAGCGGCCAGGCCGCCUCAAAAGGCCCUAUCUAGGGUAUACGCGCUCCUUUCAAAGACACUAGCAGUGCGGCAGCUGCUGCAGCAGCUGUUGUGUCAGGUCGGCCUUGUAGAUUCUUCGAUAGCUGCAGCACCAGAAUCAGCAAAGGGAAAAGCAGCAGCGAUACAAACAACAGGAAGUAGAGAGUAUUUGCUGCUGCUGAUGCUGCGUGACUUGCUGCUAUCUCCAAAAGGAAUACAGGGAGGGGGCCAACUGAAGCGGUUGCUUCUGGAACACGAGUCUCAUCUGCGGUCGUUGUACUCUGCUACAGCAGCAGAUUCAACAGAACAUGAAGCAUUGGCAGCAACAGCAGCAACCGCGAUUCCUAGAUAUCUGCGGGUAAACUUGCGAGUGUGGGACGCAGAAGCAGCAGCAAACUUCCUCAAGGCCAGGCUUCCUCGCUCACUCUGGGCCGUCACAGAUCCUCUUCUGCCCUGUGUUAUUGCUCUCCCUGCUGCCGCUGCACGACUACUUAAAACGAAUGAGCAGCAGCGCCAACAGCAGCGAAUGCUGCCACGGGAAUCACCCGAAACUAAAGACACAGAGGAAGGAGCUGCGGAGCUGCAGGUUCCUUUCGAAGAGCAGCAGCUUCCAGAGCAACCGCAGCAACAGGAGCCUCUCCUGCUUCAUCAACUCGUGCCAAGGGGUUUUGCUUCUCUUCAGGACAGAGCCAGCUGCACUGCAGCUGCCGCUGCUGCAAUAGCAGAGGGUGACAUCAUUCUUGAGGGAUGCGCCGCUCCGGGAAGCAAGACAUUGCACAUCCUCGAGAUGCUUGACACCAAGGGCCACUUGAUCGUUCUCGAACGGGACAAGAAAAGACUUGCAGCAAUGCUGCGCAGGUUGCAACAGGAGGCAGCCCUCCGGGGGCCUUAUCUGUCUCCUUGCUGCAAGCCGCAGCAUGCAGCCAGCAGCAAUAGGAGUAAACCUCCAGGCAAAGCCAGCAGCGAUAGCAAUAGGGAAGAGUCCCUGUGGCUUGCGGAACUAGCAGGGAAACGUCCUCUGUACUUUGCUCGCUCUAGUGAGCUGCCCGGAUCAGCAGCAGUAGACGCACCAGCAGCGCCAGCAGCAGCAAGUUACCCAAAGAUAGCCGCAGCUCUUCCAAUGCUGCUGGUUGAGGUGAGGCGAGCAGACUUCGCUGCUGUCGAUGGGAAGGUUCCGCCCUUCUGCUGCGCACAGAAAAUUGUCUUGGACCCUUCAUGCUCGGGCAGUGGCCUUCCCAUACAUGCAGUAACAACAACAGCUAUACCAGCAGCAGCCCGUGAGUCCUGCGGCAAAAACAGUGCCCAACGCCUCCAUGCAGUCGUCGCCGGCACUAAGGCGAGAACUUGUGAUCCUUUUGCGUCUGCUAGUACUUUUGUCGCUGCUGUUUCUGCGAGUUCUGUUGAAAAUGACCCGCCCGAUUUACUGAGGUGGAGCUGGGAGGGGUGGAAAUACAGGGCCAGCGUCUGCAGCUCAUCUGAGGGCCCUCCGUUGGAUGGACGCCCUGCAGAUUCAUUUGAUGGACCCCUGCCUGGCGUGGUUCCAUUGGAAUGCGAAGAGGAAAGGGUUGUGCGCCUUGCUGCAAUGCAGCGAAAGCUGCUGCUGCAUGCACUCACAGCCUUUCCGGCUGCCUGUCUCGUUUGCUAUUCAACUUGCUCAUUGUAUGUGCACGAGAAUGAGGCCGUCCUGCUCGGCGUGGGGCUGCAGCAGCCGCAGCAGCAUACCCAGCGAUUGGAGGGGCAGACGUCGCAGCAACAGGAGCGACAGAGCACUGCUCUUCAGGGCUGGCAAGUUUUUCGUCCGUCCCUCCACCCAGGAUGGUUUGUGCCUGCUGCGGCUGUUUCAGAGUUGCGGCAACAAAUUAGAAACAGCAGUAGCAGAAGUACUGAGGAGCUGGAGAAGGCUCUAGAGUCCUUCGGUUCUCUCUGUGUGAGGGCGUCCUUCCAAACUCACAAGUGCAGAGGCUUCUUUUUGGCUACAGUGCGCCGCAUCUCUCCUUCACUGGGAACAGCAACAGCAGCAGCAAUUACUGCGGCUGAGAAGAGAGCAGCAGGGACUGGUGGUGGCAAGACUCGUAAGAGAAAGAGGGAACCAAACGAACUUGUGGCUACUGUUACUAAAAGCAGUACUCUUGCAAAAUGCACAGCACCGGACGAAUCAGUCGUUGGUGCUUGCGUAGCUCUUGGUAUAUGUGGAGGCCCGUUAAUAUUGGCUGGAGACUCUUCGGAAGUAACGCUCUUCGGAGUGUCGUCUUUUGUGGACCUCACGGAGCAAUUCUACCGGAUGUCCGCGGAAAUUCGCGAAGUGCCCCACGGCUUGAUAGACGAUAAUGGCAAGGAAAACUUUACUUGA